CCGAGUGGAGUUAAAAAGGCUAUGUGAAAUAUUUACUCGCAUGUUUGCUGACCCUCACAGCAAGAGAGUCUUCAGCAUGUUUCUGGAAACCCUGGUUGAUUUCAUCAUCAUUCAUAAAGAUGACUUGCAGGAUUGGCUUUUUGUUCUCUUGACCCAGUUGCUGAAGAAAAUGGGAGCUGAUUUGCUGGGGUCUGUGCAGGCAAAAGUUCAAAAAGCUCUGGAUGUCACCAGGGAUUCUUUUCCAUUUGAUCAACAAUUUAACAUUUUGAUGAGGUUUAUUGUAGAUCAGACCCAAACACCAAACCUGAAGGUGAAAGUUGCUAUCUUGAAGUAUAUUGAGUCCUUGGCAAGACAGAUGGAUCCAACAGACUUUGUGAACUCCAGUGAGACAAGACUUGCUGUAUCUAGGAUUAUAACUUGGACAACAGAACCAAAGAGCUCGGAUGUGAGAAAGGCAGCACAAAUAGUCCUGAUUUCCCUCUUUGAACUGAACACUCCCGAGUUUACCAUGUUACUUGGUGCCUUGCCAAAAACAUUCCAGGAUGGUGCUACCAAGCUCCUGCACAACCACCUCAAGAACUCCAGUAACACCAGUGUGGGUUCCCCCAGCAAUACCCUUGGUCGGACUCCUUCCCGGCACUCCAGCAGCAGAACAAGCCCCUUAACUUCACCUACCAACUGUUCCCAUGGUGGACUGUCUCCAAGUCGGUUCUGGGGUUGGAGUGCAGAUGGGCUGUCGAAGCACCCCCCUCCCCUUUCUCAGCCUAACUCCAUCCCCACUGCUCCUUCCCACAAGACUUUCAGACGCUCUUACUCUCCCAGUAUGCUGGAUUAUGACACGGAGAACCUAAACUCUGAUGAAAUCUACAGCUCUCUUCGUGGAGUCACAGAAGCGAUUGAAAAAUUUAGUUUCCGUAGCCAAGAGGACCUGAAUGAGCCAAUCAAACGUGAUGGAAAGAAAGACUGUGACAUUGUGUCUCGAGACGGUGGCCUUGCUGUGCCUACCAGUGAUGUCCGUGGAGGCAGCGACAUUGUAGAAGGCGGAAGGAUGGCUCUAGAUAACAAAACCUCCCUCCUCAACACCCAGCCUCCCCGCGCCUUUUCAGGGCCACGUGCUCGAGAAUAUAACCCCUAUCCUUAUGCCGACACAAUUAACACUUACGACAAGACUGCCCUGAAGGAAGCAGUGUUCGAUGACGACAUGGAUCAGCUUCGAGAUGUACCCAUUGACCAUUCAGAUUUGGUGGCUGAUCUUCUGAAAGAGCUCUCCAACCACAACGAGCGGGUGGAAGAUCGGAAAGGAGCUCUUCUGGAACUGCUGAAGAUCACAAGGGAAGAUAAUCUCGGAGUCUGGGAGGAACAUUUCAAAACCAUUCUGCUCUUGCUGCUGGAAACGCUUGGAGACAAAGAUCAUUCAAUAAGAGCCCUGGCACUGCGGGUCCUGAGAGAGAUCUUACGGAACCAGCCAGCAAGGUUUAAGAACUACGCAGAGCUGACCAUUAUGAAGACACUGGAAGCACAUAAGGAUUCCCACAAGGAGGUUGUCAGAGCUGCUGAAGAAGCUGCUUCCACCCUGGCAAGUUCCAUCUACCCGGAGCAAUGCAUCAAGGUGCUUUGCCCCAUCAUUCAGACUGCAGAUUAUCCAAUUAAUUUAGCUGCCAUCAAAAUGCAGACGAAAGUCAUCGAGAGGAUUUCCAAGGAAUCGUUGCAUCAGCUCCUUCCCGAUAUCAUUCCUGGGUUGUUACAG